CUCGGUUCGGAAUUAUGUCUGCUUCGGAGGCAGCGGGCGGCUCUUCUCUGGGCUUGUGCUCCAGCUUCGCCGUGAUCUGCUCGUUCCUGGAGCGCUAUGGAGCUCUGCUGGACCUGCCAGAGGUGUCGUUCCCGAUGCUGGAGCGCAGUCUGCAGGAGAGCAGCGCGGUUCCUAAACUCCUUGUGGACCUUCAUGUGAAGUUACUGAGGAAAAUUGGCAAGUCUGUGUCUGCAGAUCGAUGGGAAAAGAAUCUGAUUAAGAUCUGUCAGGAGUUUAACACCACAUGGGCAUGGGAACUGGAAAAGAAGGGUUAUCAGGAGAUGACAGUGGAGUGCAAGUCGGGCAUUUUGAAGUACUUGUGUGAAUGUCAGUUUGAUGACAAUGUGAAGUUUAAAAAUGCUGUCAAUGAAGAGGACCCAGAUAAAAUGCGUCUCCAGCCCAUUGGCAGAGACAAAGACGGCCUUAUGUACUGGUUCCAACUAGACCAAGACCACAACGUGAGGGUCUAUGUGGAAGAACAAGAUGAUCUUGAUGGGUCAUCCUGGAAGUGUAUAGUGAAAAAUAGAGAAGACCUGGCUCAGAUCCUUGGGCUGUUGAAGACUCAAAUCGAUCCAGCACUCCUAGUGAAGAAGGAUCAAGAAGAGGGCUCAUCUAGUAAGAGUCCAAGCCCAGAAGAUAAGGAGAACAAGAAAAAAGAGGGAGCUGAUGAAGAAAUCAAAGAUGAGAAGUCAUCGGAUUCGUCCAUAUCUGAAAAUAAGGACACCAAAGAUGCUUUGCCAACAAUAAAGAACAGCAAGGUGGAGGAAGAGCAGCAAAAACAUUCAGAGAAACCAAAUGGCGAUGGCGUUGUUACUAGACCAAUCAAAGAAGAGCCACAGGAUGAGGAGAAAUGCAAAGAUUCCUCAACAACCUCACAGAAUGCAGAACUGAUGGACGAGAUUAAGAGAAAAACUGCAGAAGAGACUCAGAGAUCCUUGAAAAAUGACCAUCAAGCUAAAAUCCCACUGAAAAAGCGAGAGAUGAAACUAAGUGAGGACUUUGACAGCAGUAGUGUGAGUGGCACUGUCCUAGUACAAAAUAAACCUGUUGCUCCAGUGAAAGAUUUACAGACAUGUUAUGAUGACACAUUAAGUGGUGAUAAGAUCAACGGCCACGUUCCCCACCCUAAACAAAUAGAGAGUGAAUCACAGAAAGGGUCUAAAAGUUUACGAAAAGAAACAACAGAAAAUGAUUCUGUUAGUCUUGAGUCUUGUGUGUCCGAGGAAUCCAAAGAGGGAAAAAAUCAAAGUGAGGCAGAACAAACUGAGGAGAAGAUUAACCCGAAUGAAAACAGAUCGUCUGCUGAAGAACAGAUGGAAAUAGGCAAGCCUGGGGAAUCCUGUGCUGAAUUUGCAGAAAAGAAGAAGGAAAAAUCAGAAGCUUCUCAACUUCAUAAAACCACACAUGUAGAACAAGCGUACUCGACAAUCAUCAAACAGUCAGAAAAGAAACCUGGCUCUGAAGUUGAAGCUAAAGAUAAAAAAUCUCCCAAUUGUGAAAGUAUGAAUGUUAAAGAAAGCAACACAACAACGCCACCUGAACGGCAAAAGAAAUAUCUCUCAAAGGAAAAGUCAAAGAAAGAUCUCCCAAACAAAGACUCAGAGAAAGAUUUCCCUCAAGAUGAGUCAAAGAUAGAACCCCUACAAGAAGCAUCAAAUAAAGAAUGUCUGAGUGAAGAUUCAAAUAAAGAUCUCCCAGAAGAAAGUAAAAAAUAUCCCAAAGACUCUAAUAAAGACCAUGAUAAACAAGAUCCACCACAACUGAUGACAUCUGCUUCUAAAGAGAUAGAAAAAUCUCCCACUGCAAUGGAGAUGGAACUGAUCCAGCCCUCUAAAAUGGAGGGGUCCUCUACCCAUGAAACAAUCAAACCACAUUCAGACCCUGAAAAGUCUCAGAACGCAUUAAGUCCAGAAGAAACUAAACCUCAUCACCGCUCUGCUGACAAAACCACAGAAAAAAAGCUUGAUCAUACAGAACCUAAAACUGCUGCCAUUGUUUCGAAAGCUAAAAUACAGAGAGACAAACUCUCAACCAGAGAUGCUGCUGCCUCUAAACCUUCUGAAGAUGAAGUUUCUGUGCAUGAACACAAGCGGUCCACCUCCCCUAAAUUGACACCUGGGGAGCUUGAAAAUUCUUUGGUUUCUAAUUCAACCAGUAGGGUAAAUACACCAAAAACAACAGAGAAACCAGCUUGUAAAGAAACAUCUGAUACAUCUGAAACUACUAAAGAUGAGGUUGAGAAAGUGGGCACCAGCAAAAGAGCAAAUAGCUCUAAAAAAUCUAACACAAUAUCUGUUACUAAAGAAUCAGUUAAAGAAGGUAAAGAUACAGAUCAACCCAAUGAAUCCAACAGAUUUAAGAAACCUGACAAGGAUCCAUAUUCAGAGGAAGGGGACAAGGAUAAGCCAAUGGAAGUUGAUUCAGAGACCACUAAAGCUGAUGAAAUUCAGUCAGUCAUUGAGGAAGGAUUUAAAAAUAAAAGAGAAGAUAAAAAGGAAUCUGAUGUUUCUCGAGAUCACGACACAUUCUCAAACAAAAAAUGUAAGAUGGACACAACUUCUGAGGAAAUCAAGGCUUCCACGAAAAAGUCGAAGACAGGUUAUGUUCAUAAAGUGAGUGAGUCUAUUGAGACCAGAAGUCUAAGAGGGCUUUCUAACAAAUCUCAGGAGGGUAAGGAUGAGGAUAAGCCAGAAGAGGAACAAGCAGGAAAGAAAAAUAUGGAAGGCUUACGUCUUAAAAUCAAGAUCCCAGCUCACAGACGGAAAGCAGAACUCUUGAGAGAGGAGGCCAAGGGAGACUCUGAGUCAGAGACGACUGAAGGCAGAUGCUUGAGAAGAUCUCCCAGAAUCUUCAGACCCACAGCUAAAGUGGUGGAGAUUCAGGACAGGAGGGCGGAGCGGAAGCAGCCUACUCCAGUGUUGGAGAAGGAAAAGGUGGAAAAUGAGGAGGAAAAAGAGGAAGAGGAGCCUGUACAGAAGAAACCGAGGAAAACGGACCCAGAUGUUCAAACAAAACAAAGGGGCGGGAGACGUCGAAGACGGACCCAGUGGUCUCGCAUGAGACGUAAAAAAAAAGGUUCUGAUGAUGAUUAUGAUGAGGAGAGCGAGGAAGAGGAGACUGAGGAAGAUGACAGUGAUGAAGACUACAAGGUGGAGAAAACCAGAAAGAGAAGGAGAAACCAAAACCGAGAGCGGAACAGCUCUGACUCCUCUACCUCUUCAUCAGAUGAUGAUGUUCCUAAUGAUGACCCCUGCAAACACUGUGGCCUUCCCAAUCAUCCAGAACUGAUACUCCUGUGUGAUUCCUGUGAUAACGGAUACCACACUGCCUGUCUGCGGCCUCCGCUCAUGAUCAUUCCAGAUGGGGAAUGGUUUUGCCACCCCUGCCAGCAUAAGCAGCUUUGCGACAGGCUCGAAGAACAGUUGCUAACCCUGGAUGCCGCCCUGAAAAAGAAAGAACGAGCAGAACGAAGGAAAGAUCGACUGGUGUAUGUUGGCAUCAGUGUGGAGAACAUCAUUACAUCUACUGUUGAAGUGGAUGAAGAGAAGGAAGAGGUGGUGGUUAAGGAAAAAAAGGAGGUGAAGAAGAGCAAAAGUUGGGGACGGAGAUCAACAAGGGCAAAGAAAUACAUAAGCUACAGAUUUGAUGAGUUUGAUGAAGCAAUCGAAGAGGCAAUUGAAGAAGACAUCAAAGAGGCCGAAGGAGGAGGAGCAGGACGGGGGAAGGACAUGGCAAAUAUCACUGGCAACAGAGGGAAGGACAUUUCCACCAUCCUACAAGAGGAUGGGAAGGAGAACGGCCGGCCGCGGCGACCCAUUGCAUGUCAGAAACGGAAAAAGCGCCGGCGUCUCAACGAUCUGGACAGCGACAGCAUGGCGGAUGAGGAGGAGAGCGAGGACGAGUUCCACCUCAGCAACAGUUCGGAGGAGGAGUUUGUGGCGUCUGAUAACGAUGGAGAAAGCGAAGCAGAACUUCCGUCCCAAGAGGACAGCGACUUUGGGAGUAAUGGUGAUGACCCUCGAACAAAACCUAGACGGACGGCAAACCGCAGUCGAAGUAGAAGACAACCGCCACGUAGGAGACGUAAACCCAGAGGAUACUCUGAUGAUGAGGAGCUGGAAACUGAUGAAGAGGAGGAGGAGAUAGUGACAGAAGGUUCUAGUGAAUUCAGUGACAGUGAUCUGGACGUCCGCUGUCGACGGUCGCAUAGGAGCCGUAAGCAGCAAGUGAAUUACUGCGAAAGCUCUGAUUCCGAUGGCUCGCAGGCCGAUACCAACAAAGACAGAAAGAAGAAGCAGCGUAGAUGCCUUUCCAGCUCUGACAGUGAAGUUAAUUUCCAGUCCGCUGACUCUGAUGAAGAAGAGAGGAAGCCCAAGAAAACAAGGGCGGACUCAUCAGAGGAAGAAUCCAGGAAGCAGCGCAGACGUCUGUCUCUUAAACGCCGGAGAGAAUCUGAGGAAGAUGAUGAUGAUGAUUCGGAUGAAUCCGAGGAAGAGGACCGGCCUGUACGCAAGCGUGUGAACCGCAUCGAUUCUGAUGAAGACAGUGAGGAUGAGGAGGAGGUGAAGAAGAGCCCAGCGGAGAAGGAGCCAGAGGAGCCCAUCACCAAAGAGCCCAGUCCCCUGAACUACAACUUGGUGGAUCUUCCUUCCACUAAUGGACAGAGCCCAAUGAAAAGUUUGGAAGGUCUCAUUCCACGCCCUGGUGUAGGGGCGGGGCCUAAAAAUGCCAACCCCCCAUCAGCCGUACCCAUGGCACCAAAUGGCGUAGAAUUGACCCCGCAGGAUGAAGACGAAGAUGACCUUUUGGGUGUUACAGACCUUGUAGACUAUGUCUGCAACAGUGAACAAUUGUAAGACUUGGUAUUCUUUUUUUUUAACCGUACAAACUUUUUCUUUUUUUCAAACUUCUUCCUCUCCUUCCUGCACUGUCAGCAUCAUCUAUGUAUGAUCUUGACCUCUUCUGGAUCAUGACAAACACACGGUCCCCAUGAGACAUGUCUGCAGACGAAACCAGGGACAGAAUGCUGCCGUCUUGUUCGGAUCCUGACCUCAGUGGCACAUUUAUAAUAGCUGUAAAUAUUUUACUGAGCAAAAGUAUCAAGGGAAGGAAAGAUUCCUUCUAAGAUACUCCCUCAUAUAUUCCUUAAAAGUAUGUUUUUCUUUGUGUUUGAUAAGAGUGAUCUCUCUCAAACAAACCAACCCUCUCUGGAAACAACCUCCAAAACCUCUUUGUACACACUAAUCUCAUAGCCAUGCUCAUUUACAGAUCACGAGUCUAUUAUUGAGACAUUGAGUUUUUCUCACUUGAUGAGUUUGUGUGAGAUUUGAUCUUCUCCACUGCUGUGAAUUGCACAUUUCAGAGAGAAAACAGAAAAUGUGUGGAGUAAAUGGGAAAUGGUUUGUGUGGUAGUGAAAGUGGGUGGGGCUUUUAUGUAGGGAGUGUAGACAAAACACAUUUCAGUGAAGUUCCACACUAUUGCAAAUAUCUUUAGCAUGUUCCACUCUGAGGCCAACUUAUAUUUUAUAAUCUAAUUGGAGUGAAAUUUGAAUUUCUACUGAUUGGUUUCAAAGUGUUAUUUGGUGGAGAAAAGUUUUUUUUUUAAGUGAUGUCAUGAUAAGCUUUUUGUUUUGUUAUACUAUAUUUAUUACUGAAAUUGUCAUUUUUAACUGAAAUGAUUGCUUGGUCGGACAGAUGCUUCCUUCAAUAGAGCAAAAGUAACAGAUUUCUGAAAUUCCUAACAAAUUUCUAAGAAAUGUCCAGUUGUGAAAAUUUGUCUUGAGCACAGCUCAUUUUCUGAUGGCAAAUUCAGUUACGUCAAAUCUAAUUUAUGUAAUUCAUUUUUAAUUUGUAACAUUUUACUUCUUUUUUGAUUAAGUUCAAACACUAUUCACUCUGGCAGCUUGUUAAUGCAUCAAAUGCCAAAUCUUCCACUGAAAGACUUUAUUUUCUGAGGACUCUUACCCACACCGAUGUGCAGUUCGUUUCUACAAGAGAUGCUUUGGAUCAAGACAUUUAGUCCUGUUCAUCUAAUUUUUUUAGUGCAGAUAUUUCAUCAAAGGGAUUCUUCUUUUGCCAUUAGUCCUGCUUGUGUCUGUUCUACUGCACAAUUUCUGUAUUUAAAUAUAUUAAUAUAACCAUUGUAAUGUUUUGCUUUUUUUUUUAUUACAUGCUAAUUAUGUUGACAUGAUCUGUUUUUUUUUUUUUUUAUCAAUUAUGAAGCAAUACAUUUUUCUUAGAAGACACACAAAAGAGAUUUGUCUUGUGGUUCACAAUGAAUCCUAUAUUUUUAAAGAGAGAAAUUCAUGUUAUUGGUGACAUUAAAACUAUUUGAACUCUUCUUAGAGCAGCGUGAUGUCGAGAGAGCACCAGACUGUGGCGAGGGAGAGAUAGAAACCCCUCUGCUACAGACACGCUGAAAUCAUAGAACCCGUUUGAGAAACAUGGUAUAAUCUUACAUUAUCCUUGUGUGUAUAUCUGUAGUUUUUGCUGUAACAUAUUAGAAAUCAUUUAAACUAUACGUAGCAGUCCUUUUACGAUUGCAGCUGUUCAUAAUUUGUAUUUUGUAGCUAUAUUUUAUAGCCCUCCAAAGUGAGUUAGGGUUUGUCAAUCUGUAAUUUUCAUUCAUGCAUUUGAUUUUGUUGCUUUAAAGGGUUUUCAGUCUCUCAGUCCCAUUUUAUACUAAUUGCUAAAACAUUUCCCGGCAUGAUCUGUUUUCAAAGGGAAAAGCAUUUGAUCCAAACCCCAACAAACAGUGUACAAUUUUUGGAUGUCAGCAUUGAUAACAAAAGCUAUGUAAAAAUGUCUUGUAAAAUAAUGUUUAUGCUUGGCAUGCACAUAUCUUCUAGUCCUUUUUUAUCUUGUAGAAUAAGGACAUAAGGUUUGGAUAAUAUAUCCCUAAUUUCUCACAAAUUUUAUCCUGCUCAGUUGAGAACUUGGAACCCUUGGCAAAGCUCAAGGGCACCAUUAGGUACUAGACUGCAGAACAUUUCUAUUGACAGUAUUGGGCCAAUGUUAACUUCUUGUGAAAUUUCAAAAACAAAGGUACAAGCAACAUCAUGAGACACUUUAUAUUUGUAUUUGUCAUCACAUUAUGCUUUAUUUGAUGAGGGAUGCCAGCACCAGUGUUUUGAUAUAUUUGGCUGAUGUAGUUCGACAGCAGAUGGACAGAUGCCAUCUGGUUUUAGCUUUUAGAAAUGUCCUUUGUGUUUGUCUGUUCCUCUUUUUGAUGUUUUUGUUAACUGUAUUGUCAUUUCUUUCAUAUUAUUUACAAUCUUGUACAUUUGUCAUAAUAAAAAUGAAAUUA